AUGCCGUGUCUUUUCGGGCUGUUUGCAGAGGCUGAAUCCACGGCAAAGAGACCCCGAACGACAAUCACCGCCAAACAAUUGGAGACCUUGAAAAACGCUUACAACAACUCCCCCAAACCAGCUCGGCACGUGAGAGAGCAGCUGUCUUCGGAGACAGGCUUGGAUAUGCGGGUUGUGCAGGUUUGGUUCCAGAACAGAAGGGCCAAAGAAAAACGCUUAAAGAAAGAUGCUGGGAGACAAAGAUGGGGCCAGUACUUCAGAAACAUGAAGCGAUCCAGAGGGAACUCCAAGUCAGACAAGGAAAGCCUCCAGGACCAAGGCCCCGACAGCGAUGCUGAGGUCUCCUUCACAGAUGAACCAUCUAUAUCCGAGAUAAGCCACUCCAAUGGGAUUUACAGCAACCUUAGUGAAACCUCCCCUGCUCUAGGGAGACAAGCUGGGACCAAUGGCAGCUUCUCUUUGGAACACAGUGGACUUCCAGCUCAGGAACAAUACCCUGACCUCCGAUCCAGCAGCCCCUAUGGCAUGCCUCAGUCACCAGCCUCUUUGCACGCGUUGUCUGGCCACCAGUCUCUGAUGUCCACCUUGGUUUAUCCUGACAGUGGCUUGGGUGUUCUUGGGCAAGGUGGGCCAGCUGUGCCUCCCCCCAUGAGAGUGCUAGGUGGGACUGGACCCAGCUCAGAUCUCUCCACGGGAAGCAGCGGAGGCUACCCAGACUUCCCAGCAAGCCCUGCCUCUUGGCUGGACGAAGUGGACCAUGCUCAGUUUUGAUACAGGAUUCAAGAGCUCAUAGGGGAGC